GAGAGAGAGAGAGAGAGAGAGGCCUAGCAGGAAUGAGUCACUAAGCUCUGUGCACAGGCCCAAUGUUUGGAUGAAAAUCACUUCUAAAGGUAAGAAGAACGUGUGUGUUUUUUUUCCGUGGUGGUGGAAGAAGGAUUUACGGCCCUCACUUAGCGUCUGCAUGCAGCUGGGAGAUGCUGAAGAUAUGAAUCUGCCAAUCAUCUGUCAACGCCAAGGCCGGGUCGUACCAAUCAAGCCCAUGACUAAAAGGUUAAAGGUCACCAGGAUUCUCCAGGCCAGGCUCUGUAUGCAGGAGAAAGAAGAUCCGCCGAGACGUAAACGCAUAGACGGUUCAGAUCGCUGACGGAGAACAUGCAGAUCGCUUCCUGAUGAGCUCAGCGUGUAAUCGGAGAAGCAGGAGGAGGUUCUGAGCUCCAGCUGGAGAAGUAUAUAAAGCACAGCAACAGCUUUGUGUGGAUCAAGAACUCAGCCGAGAGAGAAGAAGCCUUCGAGCUCAAGAAGAAGUGAUCAGUGAGAAAUGAGCCAGUCCAUCAUGGAGAGCCUGUUUGGAGACGAUCCUUUCUUUGAGGACGUGUACACACUGUGGCCGAGACGCUGCAGCGUGACCGAGCGCUUCCUGAGACGCAGAGAGCAGAUGAUGGAGAGCUUCAGGGCUGACAUUGGAGACAGGCUUAUAAGCGAGCUCUUCCAGAACCUGGAUGAACUUUUCUCCUCACCAUCCUCAUCAUCAACCACUUCAUCUUCUACAUCUUCUUCAGCAUCCACAGCGAGACUCACAGGCCCGUCUGUCUUUUCCCUGGACACGCGUGGCUUCUCCCCUGAAGACAUCGCCGUCACCGUGUGUGGACGGAAGCUUGAGGUCAAAGUGGCGAAGCAGUCCGAGGCGGGUUCCUCUGCUCCUCAUGGGUUCUCCCGGAGCGUGGAGCUUCCAGAGCACGUCAAUCCGUCCACGCUGACCUGCACGCUGGGGGACGACGGCUUCCUGAACAUUGAGUCGAAGGCAAAAGAAGUCGAGGUGGACGAACCCGACGUCCCGGUGCGCUUCAGGACGUCCCUGGACUUCCCUCUGGGCAAAGACACAAGCAGCACAGAAGAGAAAAACAACUAGAGACUCCACACACACACACACACACACACACACACACACACACACACACACACACACACACACAAUGAUCUGCAUUUGUAAAUUUUUUGUGUUAUACUGUCUCUGAGACAUUUACAUUCUCACGGCACUUAAAAUCCAAAAAUUGCAUUUUUUGAAAUAUUUUUUGGAAUUCUUCAGGAUUUAAGAUGCCGGAGCUUCAAACCAACAUCAACCUCUUAUUACACUUAAUGUUCUUAUUAUUUAUAUUAUUCUUCCUUUAAUUCAAUUUUUUUUCCACAAAUGUCAUUUGUUUGUUUGUUUGUUUUUCCUCUUUAAAAAAAAUAAAAGAUUUUAACAAAAA